AUUCAAAAUAAGUAGUUUAUUAACGGAAAUGCACCUUCUGCUUUCGCUUGAUUCUCUCAGGUUUGCCAACUUUUUUUGAAGUGGUUCCAAAUGUAUGGCGUCUUAAUUUCUUGCUUUUUUGGAGAAAUAGAAUUUCGAUCGUAUUUUUGUAUCAAUUUAGGCUUAGGCUGGUGUGCCAACUUAAGUGGCAUUUUAUUUUUGGAGUUCACGGGCAGUUUUUAUUUUUUUUUUUGAGGGGGGCGGGGAGGGGGGUGGAGAUGGGGAAGGGGCUACGCACCCAAUUCCCUCCCUAGCCUGUGUUAAGGAGGGAGUAAACGGGGAUGGGGUAGUGAACGCCCGUCACGCAAGCUAAUGACAUGGCACCCAGGGUUUGUUGUAUCACCGUAUAUAUUUACUUGCUGCUUGUAUUUUGGUUCAUCAUAAUUCAGCACAAUCGUGAAAAAUUUACAUCAGAUCUACCUCUAGCUUAACGUACUACAGUCUAAUAGGUUACCGUAAAUCCUCGAAUUAGCGCCCCUCCCUUCCUCGAAUAAGCGCCUUCCUCGCCUCCCCCCACUUUGUGGACGAGUAAUUGGACAACAAAGGAUGUAUAGUUUUCGUCGUGUUUAAUCGCUCUCGUCCAGCCUUUUUUAUACAGUCAUUGGUGAUUUACAUCCUUACAAUACAGAAAACAUGUCUUUUCUUCUAAAGUUACAUCCUACAAUUUCUUGUUUCAGUUUGUGACCAAUAAGUUGUGACCAGUGAGUCAGUGAGUCAGUGAGUCAGAGAAUCAGUGAGUGAGUCAGUCCCUCGGCUAGUCAUCGCUUCUUCAUAAUCUAGAGAAGGCUAACGCUCACUAACUCGUUACGGCGGUUACUUUACCUUAAUCAACUUUAAAUUGACAAAUAGCAGAUCAAUAAGUGCGAUGGUCAACUUGUCAGUCUAUCAAUCGGUCUGUUUGUCAGUCAGUCAGUGAGCCAGUCAGUGAGUCAGUCAGUCAGUCAAUCAGUCAGUCAUCCCUUCUUCAUAACAAAGACCAACUCGCUAAUUUACCUUAAUCAACUUUAAACUGAUAAAUGGCAGAUCAAUAAGUGCGAUGUUCAGCCCGUCAGUCAAUCGGUCUGUCUGUUAGUCAGUCAGUCAGUCAGUCAGUCAGUCAGUCAGUCAGUCAAUGAGAUCUAUUUGCACUAAUUUAUGGAUCCACGAGUUUUGCACAUUUUUGCACUUAAUUGACAUAAUCGGGAAUGUGACGGGUUUUACAGACACAAAGUAUAAACGAAAGCGCUUGGUUCGUAGCCUAAUAUCUUCUCACUCACUCCCUCCCCCCACCCUCCAAAAAACAAUCAAAACAAAAAAAAAAGAUGUCUGGUUGAAUAUGUUAGGAACAAAUAGGCAAUUCUGUUCCAAAGGAACGUACAGUAUGAAUUAACUUGAGACAAAAUUUAGAAUUCAUUUCUAAAUGUACUUUUUAAGACACGAAUGACGUCUUUACUCCAUUACACAAGGGAAAAUUAUCGUGCGGUUCGUUAAGUGAAGUGUGGAUUAAAAUCUUUUGUAUUAUGCUAAGUACCUUUUGUUUUUGUUUGCCAAAAAGGGUCCUAGUGUGAAAGAUUAUUAUUGACGUUUGGCUCCUAAUUGAUUUGAAAGCGUUUUUCAAAGACUUUGAUAAAUAAAAAACGUGGCAUAAGCAAACAAAAAAGUUUCCAAGUUUAUGAUGGACGGUCGGUGCAGUGAUAAGUUUUGGGAGAAAACAAUUUAAUUUUCGCAGGAUUAAUUGUGAAGAAGCAUCACUGAGGGACCUGAAUUAUUACUUUAACUUGCUAUGACAAAAUUUUAAUUUCUUGGUCGCACUGUGUAACGUAUGGCGCGGUAACCAAGACCAAACUGAUCACAACAAUAAUAAGACUGCAGUUUGGUUCAACUUAUAAGCGAACUUCGGAAUGUCACAACACAAGUUGCACAUCUGCGCGGAAAAGCCAUCGAACUGGAAAGCGAAGAAAGGAAAAGUUCUUUUGAGUUGUAAUCUGCUCGGAGAAAGCGUCCGACACGACAGGCCUGUAAGCACUGAUGUCAUGAUGGGACAAAAAGUUUGGCAAGCAGACGAAGGUAUUUUCUUUCGCUCUAGGGCAGCAACAUAUAACGGAUCGCCAUCGUCUACUUACGACUUUACCGGUACAGCAACCUGCUAUAGCUGUCUUUUUGACGAGGCUAACGGUCGAGAAUUCUGCGAGAUUAUGGGCUCCAGAUAUUGUAAACAUUGUAUUAAAACGAGCAGACAGAAAGAGAUUGACGACGAAGUUACCAGUGCACUAGGAAUUUCAGAAAACGGAUGCAAAUCUUCAUUCGGAGAUACCUUUUUUCAAAUAAGAAAAAGCCCUACUUUGGCGUUUCCAAGCGGCAGACGGUUAUUUACGCGUUUACACAAUUUGACCUCCAAAUCCGAAUACUACAUUAAUCCAACCGACGGCAUUGGAACUGAUUUAGCUUCUGCUCAGGAAAUUUCAUGUGAAACAGGUUCUUCGGUCGACAGGAAACUUCAGAUGUUGAACCAAAGUACUCCAACUCUCCAGGUUCCUGGAAAAGAGCGAGUUGCAAGGACCCAGAAAAAGCGAAAAAAUGGUGGGACUGGCAUUAUGAAGAGAAAAUUUGUAACGUUUAAUGGAUUGCCAAUCGAACCACCAUUGAUAACGGUUGAUUUAUCGAACCAGAUUAUGAACCAUCCUUCUGCUAAGGAGAGCUAAAAUAGAGCACG